GUUUAUUACGAAUUUUGGAAAUAGGAAAAUUUGCAUUUUUUCUUUAAUCAGUUAAAAACAUUAAGAUAAAUAAGUUCGUUCAUUUUGUAGAUUGGCAACACUGAGCGCCAUAUUAACGAUUAACGAUGCUCCGCACUCCGCAGACCGCAGGUCAUUUAGUCGAUGCCCGGAUGCUACACCGGCUGCACGAUUGUAAUUUCGUUUCAUGCAGCGGCUGUAGUAUAGUCUUGUAUACACAAACUAUAACCUUUUCUCGAAGCAACGUAGAUGCGGAUAAUCCGGUCGGAGUCUGUUGGAUUGAGGCGAAGAUAUAAUUUAUUUACAGUUUUAGUGGAGUUUUAAAUACAGAAUACUGUAUUGUUUAUUUUUUAUUUAAAAUAGUGGAUUAGAUAUUCAGAUAAUUUAUUACAAUGGAGGAUAAAAUACGCCAAAUGGAAGACGAAAUGAGUCGAUUUGAGGCUGAAAUUGGAGGGCAGAUGGUGCCUUCAAUGGCAAGGCCAGUUAUUGGUGCCAACACAUACAAUCAAGUAGCAAGGCAGUUGCAACAAACGGAUAUGCCAUCUCCAGUUGUCACAGCAACGGCAGCAUCGUUAGCAUUUCCUCCAAUGUUAGGUCACUUUCCACCACCACCACCACCACCUCCUCCACCAGCACCACCGCUUAUGAUUCCACCUCAAGUGGCUAGACAGGGUGCAGUCCCCAUUACCACUUAUUCGUCACCUGCACAGAUAAGUACUCCUUUCAUAUCAAAUAUAGUAGAACCGAUAUUAAGUGCCACACCUAAAACCUUUGAACCAGCCCCUGCAGCUCCAAUUAUUCAUCCAGAAAUAAUUGAGCAAAUCAUCAAUACCAAAAUACCUGAAGAUGAUACGAAGAAAAAACCAAAAGUUAAAGGUGUAAGUACAGCAGCAGAAUUAGCCAUUAGUCAAGGAAAAGCUAGUUCUAUUAUGGCAAAUGCAAGUGCUGAAGAAUCCCAUCCAAAAGGCAAAGGAAAGAAAAAUAAAAAAAUUAUCAGGAUGGCAGGUGGCCAGACAUGGGAGGAUCCAUCAUUACUCGAGUGGGAUGAAGAUGACUUUAGAAUAUUCUGCGGUGAUCUGGGCAACGACGUCACGGAUGAGAUGCUCGUCCGGGUAUUUGGCAAAUACCCCAGCUUUCAGAAAGCUAAAGUUGUGCGAGACAAAAGAACAAACAAGACCAAGGGCUUUGGUUUUGUCUCUUUCAAGGAUCCCCAGGACUUCAUCAAGGCAAUGAAGGAAAUGAAUGGUAGAUACGUUGGAUCGCGCCCAAUCAAAUUGCGAAAGAGUAGUUGGAAGCAACGCAAUUUGGACACUGUGAGGAAGAAGGAAAAGGAAAAGCAGAAUUUGAUCGGUCUUCUGACAGGAAGAUAGAAAUAAUUUUAUAAAAGGAUUACUUUUUAAGAAUGGUAAAUCAUCUAUUAAUUUAAUUGAAAACUGUGCAACCUUUAGUCAUAGCAACGUCGAUGAUGUUUGUAGAUGUAAAAUUAUACGUUUUACACAUUUGUAAAAUGAUUAUUGUUAAUUCAUUUAAUGUAACGCGGUGCAAAAAAUCCUCAUAAAAAAUUGAAAACCCCGUUUGAGCGAUAUAUAUGAUUAUUCAAAGUAAAUAUUUUGCUGAAUUACAGUGGCAAUCGUUUGACCAGUUCCAAGUUAUCAACAAAUAAUUGAAAUUUUUAGGACUUGAAAAGACAAAAGAGUUGAAUAUGCUUAAUAACAAGCCAGCUCUGACGAUUGAAAGCUUUAUUCAGUGAGUUCAAUUCAUAACAUUUUUAUACGCAAAAUUUCAGCGAGAAUCAGAUUACUUUGUAUAGGGUUGUAUGUUACAGAAAAUGCAAGAGAAAAUAAUAACUAAGGUCUAUGUAAAUACUAGGAUAAACGUAACUGGGCAAGAGUUUGACACGGUGUUCUAAAUAAAUGUAAGUAAUCAUGAACUAUCAAUAUUUCUAUGCGUUUAUGUAGUUGCCUUCUGUUUGAAUAAAAUGUAUUAUAAACCAA